AUGGCAGCACGACUCAAACGUUACGAAGAGAUCCUGCGAAAAUCCGGCAUAGACUCUGGUAUGCUUGGUGACGAGGACAGUCGAGGCGAGGCAGCCUCAGCCCGGGAAGCCACCUCUGACGGUAGCGAGAAAUACUCAAGUCCCCAAGGCUUCGGUACUCCUGUGCCUGCACCAUCUGCACCAUCUGAGAACACAGCGAGGUCUGGUCCUGGAAGACUUAUAACAAGAGAAGGGAGAUCACUUUAUCUGGACAAUCAUUUGUGGAAGAGUGUCAGCAAUGAACUUCAAGAUAGCGAAGGUAUCCUGACAGAAGCAUCUACCGAUGCCCUUUUAGGGCCCAAAGAGCGUCAAGAGGAAGACUUGAAUGGAAACUUCCUUUUCGCUGGAAGGCCUACUCGACAAAGUCUUCUCCAUCUUCAUCCAAACCCAAUACAAAUAUUUAAACUUUGGCAAGUAUUUCUCGACGGGGUAAAUCCAUUAACAAAAAUCAUACAUGCGCCCACAAUACAACAACGAAUACUAGAUGCCGCCGGUGAUCUUGAAUCCGUGUCACCAGAACUCGAAGCUUUGAUGUUUGCGAUUUACUCUUCAGCAUUCCUGAGCAUGUCAGAUGAAGAAGUUCGAAAAUUAUUUGACGAGCCAAAGGCCACGCUGUUGCCUCGAUAUCGACAAGCGGCACAGCAAGCUUUGGCUAAUGCCGGUGUUCUUGGAACAUCAGAACUGAUUGUGCUCCAAGCAUUCCUUUUAUUUAUUCUCUCUGUCCGACUUGUAUAUAAUCCACAUGUCUUAUGGUCUAUGUCUGGCGUCUGUACUCGGAUUGCCCAGCGAAUCGGGCUUCAUAAGGACGGAUCAAAGCUAGGCCUGUCAGUGUUUGAAACAGAGAUUCGGCGACGAACAUGGUGGAAGUUGAUGGUUACGGACGCUACAAUCGGUCACAUGGCUGGUUGCGAGUCGUACGCGAUACAUACCGCCGACACGAAGACACCAUCCAACGUCGACGAUAGUGCACUCGAUCCCGAUAUGAAAGAACUUCCAGUUGAGUCAUCUAGUGCCACAGAGAUGAUAUUUUGUCUCAUGUGCUACGAUUUGGGGUUGUGGCUUUUCAAGCAUGCUGAAAUCAAAACGUCGACUUUUGACGGAUACUGGGAAUCUCUUAAUUCGGUUUCGAUCUCACUCGAGAAAAAGGAUCGAAUGAUUGAUGAAUUAGAGCACAUGUUUGAAACCCGAUAUAUCAAUUACUGUGAUUCUUCAAUACCACUUCAUCUCAUGACUCGGGUGGUUGCUCGAUCUGUUGUGGCAUUAACCAGGUUACGUGCACAUCAUCCAAGGCGGUAUCAGGAGAAAGGACAAGAGAUGCCAAAGUCUGAGCGAAAUCUCUUGUUUGGAUACUGUAAAAACAUUGUCGAAUAUGCAAGCCUUCUUUUCUCGACUGACAAAAUGCUGAAAUUUACGUGGCAUACGGAUUUUCAUUUUCCGUGGGAACCGAUCAUUGUCAUGCUUUCUGAACUGCGUGAGCGAGCCAUUGGGGAACAUGUCGAACAAGGCUGGCCAUUGGUCGACAAAUUACUGCGAACCCAGUUCAAAAACCUGGAUCAAGGCGUCAACACCCCUCUCCACCUCGCAGUUGCCAAUCUCGCCAUAAAGGCCUGGUCAGCACAUGUCUCCGAGUCUGAGCGCCGCCGACUGCACCCUCUCCCUCAGCCGGAGAGUAUCACCAUGUAUUGGGCAUACCUUCAACGCCUAAGAACAUCAAAUCCGACGCACAGAAAAGCUGCUAGUACGGUAUCUGCCACUACUACUUCUGGGCAGCAUUAUUCAGAGUCCUUGUACUCUACGGGACGGACAACAACACCAUCAGACACGAUGCCUACUGGCAGCGAAAGCGGUAUUAUGUUGAAGGACCAUUCUAUCAACCUCGGACCUGGAAUCUCACCAUCUAGUUUCAAAUAUGCUGCUGAUCCGGUAAACUCUGACCUCGAUAUGGACGCCAUUGCUGAAAUGUAUCCUGUCGAGGACAGUCCUAUGGACUGGGUUCAAUGGGAUGAUUUGCUUCAGCAGUUUCAGGCACAGAGCUCUGGGGAUAUGGACAUACUAUUUCCCUCACCCUUGGGGCAGCUUUGA